AUGGUUCUCGACCGUAAUCGCCUAAAGACACAUCACAUACAUACAGUGUUGCCCCUGGAAGGUGGAGUCCUGGAGCCCUUCCCCUGCACUAGUCCAGCGCUCUCCUACAAGGGUUACCUCAGUCCUGAUGGCAAAGCCUCCACCGCAACUGGCAAGCGCUUUCUCCCACAUACGGAUGAAUCUGAGCCUGAACCACGAGGGGAAACGGGCUUAUUGCCUGAAGGACUGGAUGGACCAGCCAUUUGCAGGGUGUAUCCCGUAGCAUGGUUCCAGCUUUUCAGAGCGGUGCCUCAUGUGUCUGCCGGGCUUCUGAGCCUACAGCUGACAGAGACCCAGACUGAACAUGAGACAUGUGGUCUCGCUCAGGUGUCGAGAUCUGAGGGGGGACUGCAACAGGUAAAAGCCCAGGGUGCCAAGCUCUCACAAAGUCAGAAGGAUUCUCUCACCUUCCCACUCAACAUCACUGACAAGGCACAAGGGGCUUAUGCUGUUUGGGUCCAGAGAGGCAUCGACUUAAAGACGUUAGACUUCAAUCCACUUUCUACUGAUGUGAAUGGCAAAAUUACCACUUGUUUCAGUGGUGGAGGACUGGGCUCUUUGCCAACAAUUACGUUCUGGUGUUCUCGCAGGCGCCCUCGUCUUCUGUCCGUGAAUCAUGCCCUGCUAGCACCGGAGGCGUUUCGGUUUUUUUUCUUCCUCUUGCAGAUCCGUGCUGGAUCAAGAGUCUUGUACAGACCAAUUUCAGCAUCUGUGUUGUCUAGGCCAGAGGUCAAGAAUGGAGAGGGCAACUCAACACUUAAUGGGGCCCAAAAUACUGUCUCCCGACUAGCACUUAGAGAAUUCCAGACUAGUGCUAUCAGCAGGGACAUUGACACUGCUGCCAAAUUCAUUGGUGCUGGUGCUGCCACAGUAGGUGUGGCUGGUUCUGGUGCUGGUAUUGGAACAGUCUUCGGUAGUCUAAUCAUUGGCUAUGCCAGAAAUCCUUCUCUGAAGCAGCAGCUGUUCUCAUAUGCUAUCCUGGGAUUCGCCCUGUCUGAAGCUAUGGGUCUCUUCUGUCUGAUGGUUGCUUUCUUGAUCCUAUUUGCCAUGUGAAAGGAGAUCUGCCUAUAAUACUGGCAUUGGAAUGUAACUCUGCAUUUUAUGGGACUCCCAAAAUGUUGGUGUCAUGGAAAUUGAUGCUAUUUCCAAAGUCAUUUCAUUAAAGAUAACAACUUUAACUGUCAA